GUGCGACUCACCCCCCUGUCAGCAAGAUGGCCACUUUCGUUGAGAAAAUUGUAAACAAUGUUUACUGUCUUUGAAUAUUUGCAGAAUGAAUGAGGAUCAGUCAUUUGUUGAUGAAGCUGCUUUAAAGGAAGCUUCAAAAUGUGUGGACGAGCUGUAUGAUUUUCGGGAUCAUUAUUUUGAGAAAAAUGGCGUUGAAAAGGCGUCAGAGAAGACGAAAGACGUUGGUGAAAAAAUGCUUGCAGUAAAGGAAAAUUUAGACCGAUUGCUUGGAAUGUGUGACAAGAAAAGUGAGUAUUUCUAUCUACUUGGGAAAACAUUAAAUGUGAUGCCAAAUUAUGAUCCCCAGGCGCAGGAAGUUUUAUCGCGUGCAGUGAAAUUGAAUCCUAAACUUGUCGAUGCUUGGAACUGUCUUGGGGAGUGUUUGUGGAAGAAGGGCGAUGUUGAGGCAGCAAAAAAUUGUUUCACUGGGGCGUUAGAGCAUUCCAAAAAUAAAAUGUCAUUAAGAAAUCUCUCGAUGGUCUUGCGACAACUUGGAAAAGAUUCCCAAGAAAAAGUGAGUAAUAUCAAUUUGAGUGUUGAUAAAGCAAAAGAAGCUGUAUCAAUGGAUGUUGCUGAUGGAGUAUCAUGGUAUAUUCUUGGCAAUGCCUAUCUAUCACUCUUCUUCAGUGGUGCCCAGUCUCCUGGCAUGCUUAAGCAAUGUUUGAAGGCUUAUACUCGUGCAGAAAUGGAUUCAGUAUCAGCAUGUAAUCCUGACUUGCACUUCAAUAGAGCUGUGGUUUAUAGGUACCAGGAAGAAUAUAAACUUUCAAUUGAAGGUUUUAAAAAAGCUUUGCUUUAUGAUCCAACCUGGGAGGAUCCCAUAAAACUUCAAGAAAGACUUCUUAAUUAUUUGGGAAACAUAACUGAUCUUAUUCAAAACAAGGGCAAGCUGAAACCGAAGCGUCUAAUGUCAAUGUUGCAUGGAUUCAAAGAUGCAGAUUUAGGUCCGUACAAUGGUGGAAGUUAUACAAGUAAUUCUGGUCAAAAUAUAAAACUCAAGCAUGUCACAUUACCUAUGUUGAAAUGUGGUUUGAAUGAAAAUCAAGUAAUCGUGGGAAAGGUUGUGGGAAUUGUUCCAUAUGAUGAACCAAUUCCAUUUACUUUUGCCAUUAUUGACAAAGAAAAUGAAUGUUUUCCUGUAACCUUGUACAACUUACGCACAGGCUGUGGAUUAAUUGUCGGUGAUACUGUUGCUAUCCCAGAGCCUUAUGUCCAAUCCACAAAUUUCAGUGAAAACUACAAGAAUUUCAACUUUUUUUCCAUACGUGUGGACAAUCCUAUGGUAUUGGUUGUAAACAAACGAAAACUCUCCAGAGAUAAACUAUCACCAUCCGUGCUUUCAUUUGAGGCAAAGAGUGAAUGACUUUCCUUUUUACAGUAUAGAGUUUUUUAACAAAAAUAAGAUGAUUUGCUUAUGUUUA